UAAAUGAGCGCUAUACUGUAUGUGCAGUGUCUGUGUGCCGAUAUACGCGCGUAUCCUCUUAGCGAUGCGCCUUGGCGAUGGACGUCUUGGCUCGAUAUGCCGAGCGCAGAGGGUAUAAGUAAGCUCAGAAGUACCUGCAUACGCAUUUGAAGCUUCACGCAUCACCCUAUUCAACUCUCAAGCACACCACCUUCAUUCAACCCUUUCCCACUCGUUAAGCCUCAUUCAAGAUGCAGUUGACCGCCUCUGUCCUCACCCUUGGCUCCCUGGCCACCCUGGCCAGCGCCUCGGCUUUGGCCAACGCCCAGGCCAGACGAAGCUUCCAGUUCCCGGCCUCUGUCUCCAUCGCUAAGCGUGCGGUUACUGGUGCUGAGUACCAGUGUCACGCCAGCUGUGGCUACACCAUCCUCGACGCCGAGGAUGAUGGCUACUGUGACAGCUCUGAGUGGACCGAGCUCCUUGCGGAGUGUCUUGCCUGUGCCACCGAGUACGACCUCUGGCCAGACUAUGGCGAUGGUGUCACUGCUGCUGCCGAGGCCUGCGGUCUUGAUGCCACUCCCGCCGGUGCUUCAACCACCGCUGCUGCUGCUGAGGAGACCACUGCUGCUGCUGGAACUACCGCCGCAGUGGAGGAGACCACCGCCGCCGCUGAAACCACUGCCGCUGCUGAGCAGACUACAGCCGUCGUGGAGACCGAGGCUGCUCAGACCACUGCUGUCGAGGAGACUGCUGCCGUUACCACCACUGCUGUCGUCGUCGAGUCUGUCGCCACCACUCCCUCCGUCGUGGCCACCCCUAGCUCCAACUCGACCUCCAGCACCCCUACCACUUCUGUUGUUGAGGGUGGAGCUCCCGGAUUCGCCGUUUCCAAUAUCGUGGCUGCCGGCGUUGCUCUCAUCGCCGUCGCCGGUCUCAUGUAGAGCGGGAUCCCUAAUGAAUGCCCAUAAAACAAACGGUCGCGACAGAUAAUAACAUUCGAUGUCCGUAUAAUGUAUUCUUAAUUGACUUGACAU